AUGGUUAACAUCACUCCGCAACUGGUUCAGUUGGCGGUUUAUGCCAUAAUUCUGAUCGUCCUGGGCAUCAUCUCCCUCGUGCGGUGUCUAGCGCAGAAGAAGCGGGAGAGGGAAAAUGCGUACGUGGAUCAUCAGGCGUACGGCGGAGGCGUGAAUUACGGAGCACCGGGCGGUUUCCCUACAGGCUAUGGCCACGGAGGCUCGCCACAGUACCCCAAUUAUGGACAGCAACCCCCUCCCAUGGGGGCCCCGAAUUAUGGACAGCAACCCAACUACGGAAGCUUUGGCCCAAAUCAGCAGGUCUAUUUUUACGUACUGCCCAUGAAAAAUAUUUUGCAAGAAGUAGCUCAGUAAGUACAAACGAUCGCUCUUUUUUACAAACAUGGACGCAGUGCUCCAGCACAUAAUUCAUAAUUAACAGUCAGAGGAUGUUCACAAUGAGGCGUUUUACUUACCAUGAUUGCCGCAUCCGCGCCCACGACGAGUUGACCUCCUCCAAAUUGAUUCAUGUCUUUUUAGGUGCUAUCUUCGGGUUCCGCGACGCCAAUCCCUAUCCCACCAGGACCAGCGAACCCACCGCAGCAGAAUCCGAUGGGCGAGGGCGUGAAAGUCUUUGCUUUAGACUCGACCGCCGCGGACCACGAAGCUUCCUGGCGCGGCUACGAGGCGGAACGGAUUGGUUGCCCGAGCCAAUCACUGCAAAUUGCACCGAAUAUGGUGGAGGAACUGCAGAUUUUGGAGGAAAUGGGAACGGAUCCACAGUUGAAGAUUGUCCGCGAGUACAUUGACCCCGAGGAUGUAUGCGGAACGCGCCGGUCUUGCACUCGGUACGCACUGAACCCGCGAAAAUUCUACGAGGAACGGUUGGCGAAAUAUCCGGCGGAGGUGGGUCAGGGUGGGCAAAUCACAGUGGAGCAACUGAUGCACUCUCCGACCGGAAAGUACCAGCUCAUGCACAAUGUCGACGAUGCCCCAACAGACGCGCCCUUCUUGCAUCCGGCGCAGGUUCUGUGGCACAGGUCCAGGAGAACUGACAACUUCCGCACCUACCCAACCUGGGAUAUAGCCUACAACGAAGACGGUACCAGCAGGGAUACUGCUACCUCAGACAACAUAUGACUUUUUAGCUUUACUUUUUGAUGAUGCAAGCUUCGACCACAAAUACAUGGCAAAAAUUUAUUGUCUGCAAUAGGUUCGGUCGAUUACGAGAAUUGCAAACUGAUGGAGCUUCAGGACGUGCAAGUGGCGGCGAUAAGAGUCGCGGCGAAAGAGCACCCAGAGAAAUGCGAAAAGUGGCUACGGGCACUCGCGGAUCUGGAGUCUCGACAGAGCUCCAACGGUUUCUCAGAGGAGUGGAGGCAGCGGCUUGGGGCGAAGUUUCAACGGGACAUGCAAUUUUGUAUGGCUCUAGACCCCACGGGAGCGGUGUGGAACGCCGCGAAGCCCUACAAUGUCUUCACGUCACAAGCAAAGGGUCCGGAAACUGGUCUCGCUUAA